CAAAUACAAACAUUGCUGUUGAACUUACUGUAUUUGCUGUGCCAUGGGACGAUGUUGGUCUGGUGCAUGUUGCUUUUGGAUAUGGCCAGCGCACUUCUAGACCCCAUCUCAGUGGCUCGUCCAGACCUGCUCACUUUCCCUUCUCCGCCCAGUGCGCAUCAUCUGCCGCCCUUUGGCAUUGAAUUCGAAGGGCCCAAGGCUACGAAUAAGUUUUGGGCCAACUGGAUGGUGGAGGAGGGGCGGUUCAUGCCCAUCCAUCCCAUGCCUUACGUGCUACAGCUGGGAGCUGGCGAGGCUCCAAACCUCAUGGUGUCGCGAAGCGCCCAACCGGCAGUGGCAUAUGGGGAUGAGAAAAGCAAUGGGGUGGACAAGAUCCGAGACUUCGAAAAGCUCCAUACUCUGGAUCUUGUUUUGCUUGAGCCCUCUAGAACAACUGAUAUUAUAAUAUAAUGUAUAUAUAUAUAUAUAGAGGGACGGUCCCAACUUCCCACAAUUGGAAACAUGAAGCACCGAACAUCUCCUCCGGCUUCCCGUGAGGAUUCUACUUCUCUCCCUUCAUCAACGAAUUCGGCUUAGGGGCCCUGGAAAGCACCGCGCAGCCCGUGGUGGUGAAGGAGAGCCUGUUUGGCGUCCACCUGGAGAUGCGGAGUCCGAACGGACGGAUCCUCUUCCCCAUCUACAGCGGGAUGGCCUACGUGUCAGGCUUCUACGAAGGCGUCACGCCGAGGAUCACGUCGACGCGCGCGAUCUUGGCGGUGGACUUCAUCAGCAAUGGGAUCUGGAGGCUCUUCAACAACGGCGGCAAGGAGUUCCGACUCUAUGCCCUGGAUCCUGCUGGACACUUCGUGGAUGAGACCUUUCAAUUUGGCCUCGAUGGGCGGAUGAACAAAGCCUUCGAAGGUUGGAUUCGUCUGGCAGAAGUUCAAUCAACCAAUGAUACAGAAGUCUUGGAUCGUCACGCACAGGCAGUCUUGAUGGACUGGGAGUUGGAGGUGGAUUACGGAGCAGUGACGUACUCUUUCAGGACCAAUGGCUCCGACACGCCUUUGUUGCACUAUGCCUAUGCACAUCAUCGCAAGAUCCUCUUGGAUCCGGUGCUGGCGAAUCUGACCAGCAUGCUUGCGCCGACCAAGGGGCAUAUGGCUGGUGUGCUUGGAGAUGUUUGGCAAAUGCAUGUGGAGAUGUCCCAUGUGGCGCAGCUGGGAUUUCUACCGCCCGCGCCACUGGAGGAGUCCAAGCGCUCCGCGCUGAUGGAGAAUGCAGUGGAGGAGCUCGAGUGGUUCCUCUUCGCAGAGCGUUGGCGAGGUGCGAUCUUUAGGUCAAGCUACUACUUCAGCGGGAAGGGCUUUCAGAAGAUCGGCGCUCUAUGUCUCCUGUUGGAGGAUUUUUUCGGCCGAAACCAUAGUCACACCCAAUCCUGCACGGAAAUUCUGGUGAAGGGCUUCAGAUGUUUGUACAUCCCUGGGGAAGCUGCCUGUGGUGGUGCUCCUGUGGGCUCAUACUAUGAGAGCGAGUGGGGUGGCAUCGCAAGCAAAGAGGGCUUUGCAGACGCCGGCUGCCGCACUGCAGAUUUUGGGAACGCCUGCUACAAUGACCACCACUUUCACUUCGGCUACUUCGUGGUGGCCGGAGCGAUGCUCCUGAAGCUGCGACCGGAGUUCCUGGCGGACCAGGCCUUCAGGAAUUAUGUGGAGACCCUGAUCCGGGACACCAGCAACCCCAGCGCGGCGGACGCGUUCUUCCCGCGCUUCCGGUCCUUCGACUGGUUUGAUCUGCACUCCUGGAGUCGAGGGGUCGUCCCGAGCUACGAUGGGAAGGACCAAGAGUCGACCAGUGAAGAGCUAAACUUGCUCUAUGGCAUUCAGCUGUGGGGCGCGAUGACGGAGCAAACGAAAGUGCAGCAGCUGGGUGCCACCAUGCUGGCCUUGUGCAUUCUGACGGUGAAAGAGUUCUUUCUGAUGACUUCGGAGAACUUGCAUCACCCUGCGGACUUUGUGAAAAACCAUGUCACGGGCAUCUUCUUCCAAAACAAAGUGGACUAUGCGACCUGGUUCGGCUCCCGCAUUGAAUAUAUCCACGGAAUUCAGAUGCUUCCCUUGACACCUGCCUUGAUUCUGGCGCGCAGCCCACGCUUCUGCAAGGAAGAGUGGUACGACACCUUGUCAAAACUACCGCUCCCACAAAAUGAUCCAUGGACCUCGAUCAUCCUCACGGGCACCCUGGCGAUGAUCAAGCCUGAAGAGGCUUAUCAGCUGCUCAGCAAUCCCAGUCAGUAUGUGGAUGAUGGCUUAACCCGUGUCUGGGCACAGUACUGGGCCCUGACAGCAGCAGCCAGUUAUGAGUUGCUCACCACUCAGACCUCCACUAGAACCUCCACGAGGACUACAAGUGCUACGUCACGCACAGCGACCAGCACCGUUUCGACUACGGCUUCCACAGCGACCACGGCUUCCACACAGACUGGGACCACUACCUUCAUCUCCACCGAGGCAGAUGAUCUUGGAUCCACCACAGAUGUCCCUACAUCAUCCAGCAUGAUGGCCUCUACCAACUCUUCCUUGUCCGUUGCCUCCAGCUCCUCAGCCAGGGAAGCGACCACCACCACUUCCGUGCUCUCCACUACACCACCACUGUCGAUGAGCAGCACACUGGAACCAGCCUCAACCACUGAGAAUUCCAGCAGUCUGAAUCUCUCCAACGACACAGAGCCAACGACCCCAACGACCGUGGUGGAAGCCGUUUCGAGCACGGAGGUGCCGCCAACGGUCCCCUCCACGUCGUUCCGAAAAAGGCCCUCCACGUCGAGCAGCGGAGCUCCAGAGGAGGUGUUGGUGGAGCCGUGGGUGGGUGGCCUGGAACCGCCCUGGCUGGAGCCCAUCGCCUCCUCCAUCACCCGCGCGCCGGAGGCGGCGGUGCCGGAGGCGACGGGGAAGAUGGAAGCUGAAGCAUCCUCCUUCGCAGUGACUAGUCGGAUCGCACUGAGCAUGUUGACUCUGCUGAUGAUCACGUAAAAUGGAAUAGAUCCGAGCCAAAUGGAACCUUGUUUGCCUCGGAACAUUGUGCAAGACCCUUGCUUUGAGGCCAUCACUGAAAGAAAUGGUCAACUCCAGUCAUUUGUUGCCUUUUUCUGUUUACAUUUCACUCGUUGCCUGACCAAGAAAAACAGUGUCGGCCUGUGCUACCCACCGCAGCUAGUCCUUGUUCAGUGUACUGCUUUUUUUGCGGUGCAACACACUGGCUGCCUGAAAUUCGAAAUGGCAACUUGCCAGAGAGCGAACUGCCGUUCCUCGGUCCUGGUGGUCAAGGAAGUACCAGAAGUGUCGUCCUUUGUUCUGCUUUGCACUUUGACUUUGGUGCUCUUU